CCCUUCUUUAAUAUCUCUGACCAAACUCGGAAAAUAGUAGCUAGGUUGCUAGCGUUAGCUAUAGCUAUUGACUUGGUGCAUUGGGUUGUUUUAAACCAAAGAGAAUGGCCAAGCAGCUAGAAACGGAUUUGGAUGGAAUGUAGUUUUUUGUGUCACGGGGGUGUUUGUUGUGUAGUGUACUGACCGCGGUGGGGAGGUAUGACUUGGGUGUUGACGCAGUACCUAACCAACGGAAUUUGCAAUACCAGCAUAGACAAAUUGGGAUGGCAAUGAAGCAAGUGCAUCGGGCCUGAGCACGGAGCGCCGACGAUGCUAGGGCUACCAUGGGUAGCGUCACACUGCGCUAUUUCUGCUAUGGCUGCCUCUUCACCUCCGUGACCUGGUCCGUCCUACUCUUCCUCUACUUCAGCCUCGGCCAAGACGGCGGCCGGCCCACCUUCAGGUAUGUGCCCAUCCAGGGGCCCCAAGCCCACCGCUUCCAACCCCGUUUCUCCAAGGGCCCUGGAGGAGGGCCAGAACAUGGCAUUACGGCAGUCCCUGCAGCUGGAGCAGGAGGCAACAAGCAGGCCGAUCUCUCUCCUGAGAUGGGUAUGAUUUUUAAUGAGCAAGACCAGGAGGUGCGCGACAUGGGCUAUCACAAGCAUGCUUUCAACGUACUGAUCAGCAAUCGACUAGGCUACCACAGAGACCUCCCCGACACAAGGGACGACAAGUGCCGAGACAUGAUCUAUCCUCUGUCCCUCCCCGUGGCCAGCGUAGUGAUCUGCUUCUUCAACGAGGCGUUCUCCGCCCUCCUGCGCACCGUGCACAGCGUCCUGGAUCGCACGCCGGCCUACCUGCUGCAUGAGAUUAUACUGGUGGAUGACAGCAGUGAACUAGCUGAUCUGAAGGAAGAUCUUGACAGCUAUGUCCAGCAGCAUAAACUCCAGGUCAAGGUCAAGGUGGUCCGCAACGAGAAGAGAGAGGGAUUGAUCAGAGGGAGGAUGAUAGGUGCUUCUCAUGCCACCGGGGAGGUGCUUGUGUUCCUGGACAGCCACUGUGAGGUGAAUGAGGCGUGGCUGCAGCCCCUGCUGGCUCCCAUCCAGCGGGACCACAAAACAGUGGUGUGUCCCGUCAUCGACAUUAUUAGUGCUGACACCCUGGCCUAUAGCCCCUCCCCCAUUGUCCGGGGGGGCUUCAAUUGGGGGCUGCACUUCAAGUGGGACACCGUGCCCGCCUCAGAGCUCAACAGUCCCGACGGAGCAGUGGGCAGCAUCAGGUCUCCCACCAUGGCAGGUGGUCUGUUUGCCAUGGACAGGAAGUACUUUAACGAGCUGGGCCAAUACGACAGUGGCAUGGACAUCUGGGGUGGUGAGAACCUUGAGAUCUCCUUCCGGAUCUGGAUGUGUGGUGGCCAGCUCCUGAUCAUCCCCUGCGCGCGGGUGGGUCAUAUAUUCCGUAAACGCCGGCCUUACGGGUCACCCGGAGGUCAGGACACCAUGGCCCACAACUCCCUGCGAUUGGCCCACGUAUGGAUGGAUGAAUACAAGGAGCAGUACUUAAACCUGCGUCCGGAACUCCGGGAACGUGCCUACGGCGACAUCAGCGAGCGGCAGUCGGUGCGCCAACGGCUGCAGUGUCGCUCUUUCAAGUGGUACCUGGACACCAUCUACCCCGAGAUGCAGGUUGCCUCGCCCCACAACAAGCCCCAGCAGCCUGUGUUCGUCAACAAGGGACUCCGCCGGCCAAAAGUGUUGCAGAGAGGCCGGCUGCGGAACCUGAAGGCUGACAAGUGUCUGGUGGCCCAGGGGAGGUCCACCCAGAAGGGGGGCGCCGUGGUGCUGAGGUCCUGUGACACUCACAACACAGAACAGGAGUGGGCCUAUGAUGAGGAGCACGAGUUGAUCCUAGCCGGCCUGCUGUGUCUGGACAUGUCGGAGAUCCGCUCGUCUGACCCACCCCGCCUCAUGAAGUGUCACGGCUCAGGGGGCUCCCAACAGUGGACCCUCGGGAAAAGCAACCGGCUGUAUCAAGUCUCAGUGGGCCAAUGCCUGGCCGUGGUCGACCCAAUCAGCCCCAAGGGAUAUGUUGCCACGGCAAUCUGCAACGGCUCUCAGUCCCAGCAGUGGCAGUUGGAGGGCUGAUGUUGAUACCCCACGACUAGUUACAUACCAGACGCUGACUGCCCCCCCCCCCUCUGGAUGGGGGGAGUACUGCAUGCUGCUACAACUAAGCAAGAGAGGGAUGGAACUAAUUAUAUGGACUGUGUUCUUGAAGAAAACGAAUGCUGUUUGUCUUCAGAACUGCUUCCGGCCUGACGUGCACAAAGUAUGGAGCUCUAAGUGGGUACGCUAUAUGUACUGUAGUCAUUCGUAUGCCUGACUUCCCCCUCUUGAAAAUUAGUAUUCCAUGUCCUGUUUUAGAUAAUUAUUUUUACAAUGCAUCAUGCAAAUUAUUUUUAAUUUAAUCCAAUUUGCACAGCACUCUUGCAUUAGACAAUUCAGAGAAACGUGUAAUCUUGUAUAAGUCCCAAACAAGUGUUUACUAAGAACAAUGAACUGUCAGUGUUAGAGGUUUUAGAGUUAAAUUGCAUUUUAUUCUGUACUUAUUACAAUCUGAUAUUAAUUGCUAUGA